UCACUGCGUCAGUCCGGCUCCAGCUGGCGUGCCGUGCGCUCCGGCUGCGACCUGCACGCUGCCCACUGCUCACGGUUCGGCUACGUCACACAACGCCUGCCCUACCAGCUUCCGUGCUACAGCGCUGCGCUCCAUUGUUGCGUCAGGAACUGACUCUGGAUUCGCAUUCUCUCCUCUUGCAGCUACGAUUCAGAUUGGAAAGCAAGAAGGCAGUGAAAAAUGGCUUUUGAUGACAUCUUCCCAUACUUGGGAGAAUUUGGCCGCUACCAGCGGCGUAUUUACUUUUUGCUGUGCCUGACAGCAAUUGUGAGUGCCCUCCAUAAGUUGGGAGGUGUCUUCCUUCAGGCGAAAAUGGACCACAGAUGUCAGUUGCCUUUUGAAAAUGAAACAGCUACAUAUCAGUUACCUCAAGGCGUAAUAAACAUGAGCUACCCUUGGGACAGUGAGCAACAAGCGUGGUCCUCAUGCAGGAGGCUUGAUGCCAACUUCAGUACGGAAUAUUUCAGCUCAAAUAUUCCUGCCAACCGCAGUGUGAGAUGCGAUUCCUGGGUCUACGACCACAGCAUUUACAAGAGCAGCACGAUUGUGGAGUGGGACUUAGUAUGUGACAGUGCCUGGCUACGUGCCACAGCAGACUCAAUGUUUAUGCUUGGUGACAUGAUAGGCUCGUUUGGAUUUGGUUUUCUUUCUGAUAGAUAUGGACGAAAACCGAUAUUUGUUAUUGCUUUGGUGCUACAGAUUCUUGGUGGAAUACUGGUAUCUGUUUCACCACAGUAUAUUUUCUUCAUGAUAUUCAGACUGGUUGUUGGCAUGACUGCUUCAGGAGUUUUCUUAAUUGGCUAUGUUAUUGCAAUGGAAAUGGUUGGACCAUCUAGGCGGCUUUUUGCUGGUGUGGCAUGUCAGUUUUUCUUCACGUUUGGAUAUGUACUGACAGCUUUGUUAGCUUACCUCAUACCAGAUUGGAGAAUGUUGCAAUUAGCAUUCACACUGCCAUCUGUAUUCUUUCUGUCCUACUGGUGGUUUGUUCCUGAGUCUACGCGCUGGCUUUUGUCCAAUGGAAGGAAAGAACAAGCACAGCAGCUAAUUGUAAAAGCUGCUAAAGUAAACAAAGUUAAAAUUCCUACUGAUGUUCUUGAUGGCCUGUUGUCUGAAGAAAAUGAGAAACCAUCGUCAGAGAAGAAACCAAUACCUGAGACUAAAGUAACAAAACCAUCAAUUUUGGACAUUAUGCGAUAUCCAAAUCUUCGUAAACGAUGUCUCAACAUAUUCUUCAACUGGUUUGUCAACAACAGUGCCUACUAUGGUCUCUCAUGGAACACAUCUAACCUGGCAGGAAACCAGUACUUAAAUUUCUUUAUUUCUGGUGCUGUAGAAGUUCCUGCAUAUACUUUUUUACUGUUCACCCUCAAUAAAUGGGGCCGAAAAUCAAUUCUGUGUUCCUGUAUGCUUCUGGGAGGAGUAUCUCUGCUAGCUGCUCUCGCUGUGCCUGGAGAGAUGACAUGGUUACUGGUGACAUUUGCAAUGAUAGGCAAAAUGGCAGUAACGGCUUCAUAUGGUACAAUAUAUAUAUUUACAGCUGAACAGUUUCCCACAGUUGUACGAAAUGUUGCACUUGGUGCAAGUUCUACUUCAGCACGAGCUGGUGGAAUGACUGCACCAUUUAUCAACUUACUGGCUGAAUUCUGGCAACCUUUGCCCCUCUUGGUGUUUGGUGCUAUGAUUUCUGUUGGAGGUUUUCUGGCCCUCCUACUCCCAGAAACAUUAAAUAGAAAACUUCCUGACACCUUGGAAGAGGGAGAAGACUUUGGAAAGGAGAAUGAAGAAGAUCUGGAAGAUGUUGUGAAGAAAACUGGCUCUGUUAUUGUUAUAGCAUCAAAAUAAUAAGUACAAAUUCAACAGUAUUUUUACACUGCCAAACAAAUUUGUGUGAAUAUAUUUUUGUGUGUGCAGCAAUAUUUUUGUACAAACUAGUGUUUAGUGUUUUCAGAAAUCUGAGCUGUUGGACAUAUCUCAGAAUAUGUGAUGCAAGGAUAGUUAUUUGCAAGUAAAACUGUUUAUGCAAGUGACAAAAGACGUAUGGUCUAAUGUGGUGACAUUCAAAUACAUUACAACCACUUGGGUUUUGAAAGGGUCUGCUGUGAAUGUCUUUAAUUGGUUGUAAUGUAGAAACUCUUUGUACAAGAAAUGAAUGUUGCUCUCCUUUCUAAGUUGCUCCACUACCAAUGAUAGUAUUUAUAAUAAAAUUAACUUUAUACUGCUUUUGUAUAUUCAUUGUAUAUAAUUGCCUUAUAUAAAGAAGACUUGUAAAUUGUUCUGUGUAUGUUUGCCUCUAUUUAUAUAUUUUUUACUCAGGCUUAUAAAAAGUACAGAAUGCUCAUGUGUGAUAUUAGAAAAUAAUUCAAUGUUGAUCCAAUAUCACGAU